UACUAAUCCCUCAUUCUCAGUAAAAGCUGGAGCAACAGGACCCAACUAAUUUUCACUUCUUCAGGACCGAAAGAAUCCAACUCUCCUGUGGAGUGUCUCCAAUCCCAGCUUUGAACAAAGUAUUGUGUUUUCAAGAUAAGAAACUAGUAUGCAAGUUCAACUACUUUCACUCCCGAGUCUCAUUCUCUCUCCACCCAGGGUCUCCACCAAGCUUCUGGGGUUGAAUCCACAUUCCAAAUCUGGGUUUUGCAAUUCGCCUAAAGUGAUGUUCAAGUUACCAACAGGUGUAAGAAACCAUGGUGGGUUGGUUGGGGUCAGGUGUGAGGUAGCACAACAAGAAAUGAGAGAUGAUGGGUUUUAUAUGAGGAGGUGUGUGGAGCUUGCUAGAAAAGCUAUUGGGCAUACUAGCCCCAAUCCUAUGGUGGGUUGUGUUAUUGUCAAGGAUGGCAAGGUUGUUGGUGAAGGAUUUCACCCUAAAGCCGGCCAACCACAUGCUGAGGUGUUUGCUCUGAGAGAUGCUGGAGAAUUGGCUGAAAAUGCAACAGCCUAUGUGAGCUUGGAGCCUUGUAAUCACUAUGGGAGAACUCCACCAUGCACUGAAGCCCUAAUCAAAGCCAAAGUUAAAAAGGUCGUUGUCGGAAUGGUUGAUCCAAAUCCAGUUGUAGCUUCAAAGGGGUUGGAUAGGUUAAGAGAUGCAGGAAUCGACGUUAUAACAGGUGUAGAAGAGAAAUUAUGCAAGAGACUAAACGAGGCUUAUAUACAUCAUAUGCUAACUGGGAAUCCAUUCGUCACUGUCAGAUACUCUAUCUCAGUGAAUGGACACUUCUUAGAUCAGCUUGGCAAAGGAGUUGCUGAGCUUGGUGGUUACUACUCUCAAUUGUUACAAGAGUAUGAUGCUAUUAUACUUUCAUCUGCCACAGUAAUGGAGAACAACUCUCUUCCAGCAUCCCAAGAAGCCGGUGCUAAUCAACCUCUCCGGAUUAUAAUAGCCAGUAGUAGUUCUCCAGUCCAUAUCCCAGGACUGACCAUGGAACCGAGCGGAAAGCUAAUAAUCUUUGCAGACAACAAGACAACAGUAGAACUAGAAAGCGCUCAAACAGGUAUUGAAACUGUGGUCUUGGAUCAGAUAAAUAUAAAUGGUAUUACGGAGUACUGCAAAUCUCAAGGAUUCUGUAGCGUUUUAUUGGAUUUAAGGGGAAAUAUAAGUGACUUUGAAAAGGUUCUCCAAGAUGGUACUGACCAGAAGAUACAAAAACUGGUGAUCGAAGUAUUGCCCUUCUGGGAUCAAGAUGGGUGUGAUAUCCCUAUUGCAUUGAACAGUCUAAGUAAAAGAGUAGAAGUAAUGAAUUUGCAGGCUAAAAUUUCAAGUCAGCGUGUUGUGCUUGAAGGAUACUUGUAAAAUGACUGUGAGGACAAAUUAAGAGUUGGCUUGAAAUCUUUUUUCUGGAUAAUGGAGAGUAGUUUGUCUUUGGUCUACAUUGUAACUUAAGUUUUUACACUAAGAAUGACCACUUCUUCCCUUGUUUUCUAUUGGAGG